AUGGAUAUGUCGUGGAUCCACGUACUACCUCCUGCGCUAACAGCAUGUAUCAGUUCUCUGAUAUUAACCAUACAACUACGCAAACAACAUACUUUCGAUUCUAUUCUAUUGUCUGGUGAUUCACCCGACGCGGGAGUCCGCUUUUCAACUGUAAAGAGGGAUACAACGGUUGUUGCUGUAACUACUUUACAAAGCGCGUUGUUUGCUUUUUUAGUUGGUUUUCGACUUGGCGCUACUUUAGACGGUGAAGUGAGGUUGAAUCCCAAAUACGCAGGCGUGUUAGCCAUUUGUUGGUUUUAUGCAUUAGUGUUAGCUCUUCUCGCUUUAAGACCAAAGGGGAGGAAAUGGGCAUGGACACUUAAUGGCCACCUUACCGCAUUCUUUGCCGUUUCUUGUUUAUCGUCAGUGUGGCAACUUCGAGUAACAUACAUAGAAACAACUGAUACCGAUUUCCUGGAGAGGCUGUUUGCGACCUUAAAUGUCAUAUUAUCAUUUACUUCACUGUCAAUAACAAUAACUACACCUAAAGGGCCACCAUUGUAUUGCGAUGGUCGACCAGUGACUGGGAGUAGCUAUUGUUCGCUCUGGGAUUUUAUCACAUUCUCAUAUGUUUCUUCUCUGUUGAAGACGGCUUAUCUGCAGGACACGUUAGACGAUUCGGAUUUGUAUCAGCUUCCCUAUAGUUAUCGUGCAUUUACGCUGUACCAUAAUAUCAAGAAAUGGAGAGGGUCGCACUUGUUUAUUAGGUUAUGGCAUGCCAAUAAGAAAUUGAUUCUGUUGCAAUUGUUGUUCACUGCAACUGGGGCAAUGCUGUACUAUAUGCCUAUUUUUUUCUUCUUGCGCUUUUUGGAGUUUUUCGAAGAAUAUCCCACAUACGAUAACUCAUUAGAAAGAGGAUAUUUAUAUGCUAUUGGUAUGUUGUUAACAAAUAUCCUCCUCCAAGUGAAUGUAGCUCAAUUAUGGUAUUGGAGUUCAAGUGCUCUACAAAUCAGUGUAAAGUCAAUGUUGAAUGCAGAGAUAUAUUCGAAGAGUUUGAAACGACGCAAUGUGAGCGGUGCUACUCUUGAAACGGAUGACGAUGAUGACUCAGAAGUCAUCGAAGAUGCAGAUGUGGACAAUAGCACCAAGAUUAUUGACAAAGAAGCUACAUUAGGGAAGAUUACUAAUCUAAUGGCGGUGGAUACUAAUCGUGUGGCCGAAUUCUGUACAUGGUGGAUAAGCGUUGUCGAUAGUCCUAUUGAAAUUAUUGUUGGAACUUAUUUUUUAUAUCAAUUGCUGGGAAGUGCCUGUCUCUUCGGAUUAUUGGUUAUGAUAUUUACGUUACCGGUUAACCAUUAUACGGCUAAGCAUUAUGCUAAAACACAAGAUCGCUUAAUGAAAGCACGUGACCGAAGGAUUAAUUUGAUGAACGAGGUCUUACAAGCAAUCCGUAUUAUUAAAAUUUUUGCAUGGGAGACCAGUUGGGAAGAUAAAAUACUGGUUUUGAGGGAUGUUGAACUUAAAGAACUACGCAAUAAUUUUAUAUAUCUCACUAUGUUUGAUCUACUAUGGAUGGCAUCUCCAAUAUUGGUGGCCGUAGUCUCCUUCUUUUGGUAUACUAAAAUCCAAUCCAACCCCCUGACGACGUCGGUGGCGUUUGCUUCGAUCGCUGUAUUUAAUGAACUCCGAUUUGCUCUGAAUAUUCUACCAGAAGCUGUUAUGGAAGCUUUACAGGCAUAUGUUAGUCUUAACAGAAUAGAGAAAUUUCUUAAGGAAGAUGAAAUCAAACCGCCUACUGAUGAAGACCUCGAAAACUUUGAUCGAAUUGCAUUUGUGGAUGCUACCGUAAAAUGGAAUCAGAGUGAAAACAAAGCUGUUAGCAACGGGGAUUUAAGGAAUGAAUUCAUUAUGACUGAACUAAAUCUCGAGUUUCCUGUAAGAGAGCUCAGUAUAAUAUGUGGACCCACAGGAUCAGGGAAGACAUUACUGUUGAUGUCAUUAUUGGGAGAAACGGAAAGGGUUACCGGCAACAUAUAUUGUCCGCGCUCCCCAGUCGACAACACAAUUUUAUCCGACAAUAUUACUCCUGAAAACUGGAUUAUUGAGAAUGGCGUUGCUUUGGUUGCUCAACAGUCAUGGCUACAGAAUGCUUCUAUCCGUGAUAACAUUCUCUUUGGCUUGCCAUAUCACGAAGCCCGCUAUGUACAAGUUGUCAAAAUGUGUGCAUUAGAGAAAGAUUUGGAAAUGUUUGAAGACGGAGAUUUGACCGAGAUAGGCGAGAAAGGUUUGACUUUAUCAGGUGGACAGAAGCAGAGAGUGGCAUUGGCAAGGGCCGUGUACUCAAGAGCAAGACAUAUAUUAUUGGAUGAUGUGCUGAGCGCUGUAGAUGCUCACACUGCUAUGCAUCUGAUGAGCGAAUGUAUUAUGGGGUCAUUGAUGACAGAUCGAACUAGGAUAAUAGUGACGCAUCAUGUGAAUCUUUGUUUACCUAGUGCUUCAUACCUGGUAGCUGUUAGGGAUGGGAGCGUUCAUCACUGUGGAGAUAUAGAUAACUUACGCGAGUCUGGUAAACUCGCAGAAAUUAUAGAAGAAGUUGAGGAGAAUGCUGAGGUUAAAGCAACGGUGAUCGAUUUGGAAUUAUCAGAUGACAUUGAUAAGACACUUUCCCACGAACAAAUAAAUGGAGACAUAUCCUCGUCCCAAACUAAUAAGAAAAAGAGUACUGGACCAAAGAUUCUCGUUGAAAAAGAAGCUCGUGCAACUGGAGCGGUUAGAUUCAAAAUUUAUAAAACGUAUAUAACAACAACGGGUCAUAUAAUUUUUUGGUCAAUCGUCGCCCUUUUGUUCGUCGCCACACGCAGUUCACAAAUUCUAGAAAGCUGGUGGCUCAAAGUAUGGACUGGUGACACAGAACAACCAAAGUCAUUUGGGUCUCUAUCUAUAAGCAUGCGCCAGGUUGACUGGGCUCUUUUCGAACAAAUACACAUUGGUUCUGAAUUAAAUAUUGAGCGCACAAAUCACGAUCUUACAUACUAUCUGACCAUUUAUACGUUGAUAACGCUUGCGUCGGUUGUAUUUGGAAUAGCCCGAUUUGCAGUGUUGUACUAUGGAUCAUUGAAGACGUCGAGGUUACUGUACAAAAAAUUGCUUAAACGAAUUAUGAGAGCUCCGUUAAGAUUUUUUGAUACUACACCAGUUGGAAGAAUAUUAAAUAGAUUUAGUAAAGAUUUUGAGACUAUCGAUGGAAACAUAAUUGGUGAUUUAGCAUGGUUUAUGAAUAAUACCUUGAUGAUGGUGACGACUGCUAUGGUCAUAACAGCUAUCACAAAAGAAUUCAUAAUUGCGGCUGUAAUAUUUGGGAUCAUAUUUAUGGUCGUUGGAGCAUUGUUCACUAGGGCGUCACGCGAACUGAAGCGAAUGGACUCUGUCACUCGAUCUCCACUUUAUACUCAUUUCACAGAAACUCUGGCAGGAGUGACAACGAUUCGAGCAUUUGGAGCAACAAAACGCUUUAUGGAAGAAAUGCUUACUCGAAUCGACAAUAACGCUCGCCCAUUCUUCUUUGUUUGGUUAAUCAAUCGUUGGCUUUCAAUGCGAUUCAAUGUGACUGGGUCUUUUGUCUCGUUCAUAGCAGCAAUCUUUCUAUUGUGGAAUAUCGAUAGUGUGGAUGCUGGUCUUGCUGGUUUAUCUUUAUCGUUUGCUAUGAAUUUUACCGAACAACUGAUGUGGGCAGUACGGCGAUAUACUACAUUAGAAAUGAGUAUGAAUGCAAUGGAGAGAGUUGACGAAUUUUCCGAAAUCGCGCAAGAGCCACCAGAAAUUGUGCAUCCGAGACCAUCAGCAGGAUGGCCAUAUGAGGGUGCGAUAACAGUAGAAGAUUUAGAAGUCAAGUAUGCCCCAGAUUUAGAACCUGUACUGCACGGAAUCUCGUUCGAGGUUGGAGGUGGAGAGAAAGUUGGAAUUGUCGGAAGGACUGGUUCAGGAAAGUCCACUAUCGCUCUUGCGUUCUUCCGGUUUGUUGAUACGUCUGCGGGACGAAUUACAAUUGACGAGAUUGACAUUGCUUCAAUUGGCGUGCAUGACCUUCGAUCAAGAAUGACCAUAAUACCGCAAGACCCGACGCUGUUUACAGGAACUAUAAGAUCAAACCUUGACCCUUUUGAUGAACACUCGGAACAUGCGAUUAGGGAAGCCUUAGAGCGUGUGCAGUUACUUCCGAGUGCAGGAGAGAUUACUGAAGAUUCAACAGCAUUUGCCAGCGCUAGUGUAUUCCAGAGUCUAGAGACACCCGUAAGCGAAGGGGGAAAGAAUUUCAGUCAGGGACAAAGACAACUGCUUUGUUUGGCGCGAGCUUUAUUGAGAAGAUCAAAAAUUAUUCUUAUGGAUGAAGCUACGGCUAGUGUUGACUUUGGGACCGAUGAGAAGAUACAAGAAGCAAUUAGAAGUGAAUUUGUUGACUCUACUAUACUGUGUAUUGCGCAUAGAUUGAGAACAGUGAUUGAUUAUGAUAAGAUACUUGUGCUUGAUCAAGGAAAAAUUCUAGAAUAUGACAGUCCUUAUAAUCUUAUCACCAAUUCACAAUCUGCCUUCUAUAAAAUGUGCAAGAAUUCGGGUGAAUAUGAACUGCUACUGUCGAAUACCAAAGGUGGUCAGGUAUCGGAAGCCGAGGAAAACACGAAUUCUUAA